AUGUCAUCUCAUUAUCCAAUAUUUUCACCUGAAUUAAAUUUAAAACCUAUAAAUCAUCAAUCAAAAAAAAUCGUAUUACAGUUUAAUCAAGAUAAUAUUGAUAGUAAUAAUUUAUCAAAUUAUAAAUUAAUUAAUAAAACAAAUUUAGCUUUACCAAUUUUCUACAUAGAUGAUCAAGAAUUUGUCUUAAUUAAACAUUUAUCAAAUCUUUGGAAUUAUCCUUCAUCAUAUCAACUAAUUCAAACAUUUUUAAAAAAUGGAGGUUUCAACAAAAAUCAAAUUUUAAAAUCAAAUUCAAUAAUUAAUGAAAAACUAAUAUCAUUAAAUUUUAUAAAUUCAAAUGAAAAAGAUAUAAAUUUAUUUUAUAUUUCAUUCCCAUUAUUAUAUUCAAAAAUUGAAAAUAAAGAUGUUUUUUAUUUCAAUUCAAUUGCAGAAAAUACUUUAGUUAAAGAUUCAGAUAUAAAUAACAUAGGUCCUUCAUUAAAUCAUCAUGAUAAUAAUGAUGAUAAUAGUAAUAAUAAAAUUAAAGAAAAUGAAGAAGAUGAAGCUGACAAUCUCGAGGAAGAUAAUAUAGAUAACGAUGAGGAUGACGAGGAAAUAGCCCACGGUUACGACGAUGACGAUGAUGAGGAAGAUGACGACGUCGAAGAUGAUGAGUAUGAAGAUAAAGUAACAAAAAAACACAAGCAUCAUCUCCACAAACAUAAACAAGCUUUUGAUCCAAAAAUGGGAAGUGAUGACAAGAUUUCAAUUAGUCAAAUUUUCCCUCAAUAUGGUUUAGUCAAUUCAAAUACUCAACUAAAUCAUGGACUGUUUAAUUCCUUAAAUGUUUUAACUAAAUUAAACUUUUAUAAAAACUUACCAUCAUCAGCUCAUAAAUUUCUUCCAAAUGUUAAAUUAAGUUUUGCUGAAAGAGAAUUAAUUCAUAAUAAUAAUAACUUUUCAGAUAUUCAUAUUGAAGAAAAUAAACCAGCAGAUACUUCAAAUAGAAAACGAAGUUUUCGUAAGCCAUUAGCUAGAGCUAGAAAACAUCAUAUACAUGUUGAUCCAAAUUCAAUAGAUUUAAGUGAAUCAGUCAUACCUGGUCAAGGAUAUAUUCCAGAAUUUAGUAUAAAUAAUUAUUGUAAAGUUCCAAAUUAUUAUGUAACUUCAAAUCAUCAAACACUUCCACAGUCAUUUAAUACGAAAAAAUUAAAUCAUACAUCAAAUUCAUCAUUUCUUUUUAAUAAUGAUGGAAUUAAAAUGUCUAAAAAUAUUCAACAAUUAGUAUUUAGUAAUGAUAAUGAUAAUUAUUAUCAUUCAAAAUAUUAUUAUACUAAAAGUUAUAGAGGUCCCGGAUCAGGUAAUUAUAAAGAUGGUGCUAUGAUGAAUAAAAUUAAUAAAAUACAUUUAACAAAUGAUAAAAAAUUAAAACAUAAGAAAAAUUUACUGAAUAGUGAACGAUAUAAUAAAAGUUUAAAAGGUUUAGUACAUGAUAAAUUUAAUAAAAAUUUUGUUGAAAAUUUAUUAAAUGAACAACGUAAAUAUACUGAAGAUUAUUCAAAUUUAGAAAUGUUACAUAAUAAUUUACAAUUUAAUUUAUUAAUAAAUACAUUUAGAGAAAUUUCAGAAGAUACUUGGAACAAUUAUUUCAAAUUUAAAUUGAUUGAUUUUGAACAAUUGAAAGCUUUACAACAAGAAAUUCAUGAAACUGAACUUCGUAAACAAGCUAUGGAUGAUCAUACUAAAUGGUUAGAAGAAGAAAAAAAACGUCAAGAUCGUUUACAAUUGGUUUUUGAAGAAGAAAGAAAAAAAUUUGAACAACUUCAACAAGAUUUUAUUUUGAAACAAAAAGAAUUAGAAGAGGAAAGGCGUCGUCGACAAUUGGAGGCUUCAUUUGAUGAUUCAUUUACAGGAGGUGUUGAAGAAGAAGAAAAAAAAAAUAACGAAAAGUAUAAAAAAUUACAACUUGAUUUUGAAAAGAGAAGAGAUGAUUUGAAAAGUAAAUUUGAAAUCAAACGAAGAAAUUUGAUUAAUCCUUUACCGGCUCCAAAACCAAUUGAAACUCCUCAAUUAGAUAUAGUUUCAAAAUUUAGUUCUCCAGCUGAUUAUACUGAUAUUAUAAGACAUUUACCAAUAGAGUUGAGAAGUGUUAAUCAAGAUAAUAAAGAUGACUCUCCAGCAAUUAAAAAACCAAUUAGAUAUAUUACAACAUAUCCAGAAGAAUCAAAUCCAGAGUUUUUAACUCGUAUAGAGGUAAUUAAAUUGCCAAAUGCAAAUUCAAUUGGUUGGGAUAAUUUACGAAAAUUUAAACUGAACCCUGAGAAUUGA